AUGACUAAAGCUGUGAAGUUAAAUAAGGAACAGGAGGGGAAACUCCAACAAUUGAUCGAGUCCAUUCCUAAAAUCCUCAAGAGACUUGACCACCCUGAAUACGAUGAGAUUUUUGGCUACAGAAUCAACACUGGAGAGCAUGUAAUUGAAGCCAUCAGAGAUGAAAUCUUACUUAAGUUCUUGAUUGCCAACAAUUAUGACGUUAAUGUUACCAUUGACAAAUUAGUAGGGACAAUGAACUGGAGAUACGAAUUCCAACCUUUGAGUGCUGCGUUUAAUGAAACUUUUCCAAAAGAAUUGAACGAUUUGGGGGUAAUAACUUCAUUCCCUGAAGCCAAAGAUAACUAUAAAAUCAGUACUUGGAACUUAUACGGUAAUAUCAAAGACCCCAAAUUACUAUUCGAAGAGUAUGGUGAUAGUUCUAAGGUUAAAGGAAGUAGAUUCUUGAGAUGGAGGAUUGGAUUAAUGGAACAGUCCCUUCUGUUGGCUCGAUUUGACGAUCCUACUAAUCACAAGAUAGCCCAAGUUCACGAUUAUAAAGGAGUUUCAUUCUUUAGACCUGACAAAAAUAUGAGACAAGCUACCAAGGAAAUCAUUAAGAUCUUUGGAGAUAAUUAUCCUGAGCUUUUAACCACUAAAUUUUUUGUCAAUAUCCCUAGUAUUAUGAGUUGGAUGUUCAAUUUUUUCACUAGUAUUGGUAUUAUCUCCAAGGAUACUUUGGAUAAAUUUAGACCACUCAAUCAUGGGAACUUAACCCAAUGGUUCGAUAAAUCUUGGUUACCAAAACCUUAUGGUGGAGAAUUGAAAAGUAUUUUCGACUUGAACGUUGAAGGUAAAAUACCUGAAUAUGGUAAGAUCAUUCUCGAGAAAUAUAGCAAAGAAUGGGCUAAUGACAUUUCAUUAUCUGUCGAUUAA